AUGGCCACAUCAAGUGCAUGCCAAGUAGCACGAAGAUGUUUUGGCCAUUUUUCGAUAGCCAGAAGAUCUGUUUUUGGCGAACACACAUUUGCCGACCCCAUUAUUGAUCUUAAAGAGGUAUGGUAUUGUUUUAGGUUUUUUGAAAGGUUUUUACGAAAAUUUUAGAUUGUUCUUGUGGUAUGGACAAAAAAUAAUAUUGUUCUUUAUAUUAUAAUAAUAAAGUUUAUGUUUCAGCUUAAAAAACCAUUGCCCGAAGACGAUCUUCGCAAUUAUCGCUACAUAAAACCGAUGGAUUCGGAUGAAGUGCCAGUUUUCUAUCGAGAUCGUGUAAUUGACAAACUUAUUCGAGUUUGUAUGAAAGGAGGUAAUCGAGAAUUAUGUAAGAAGAACGUGUACGCUGCGCUGGAACAAGUGAAACGAAAUCAAUAUAGGAAAUGGUUGAAUAAGAAGGAGGAUGAAUAUGUUGAACUAGACCCAUUUGUUAUUGCUAAUAAAGCGAUCAAAAACUGCACACCGUUAAUGAAAUUGUUGCCAUAUACUAGAGGUAUGUUUUUUUUGUUUAUUUUUGGUUUUUAGGUUUAUUUUGAUAAGAAAUUGAUCGGGAUUACACUGGAUAUUAAGUUAUAAGUAUCAAAUUUUCUUUCUUGCCAUAACUUUUGUUAAAGGAGGGUUAGUGACGUAAAAUUUGGUGUCAUUGUAGGUUAUUUAGUUAAACAACUAUCAAAACAAGAUAUUUCUAAAUCUUGUUGCAAUUUUGAAGUUAUAAGACUUUAACUAUGAUAUACAUUUCUUUAUCCUAUUUUUUUCGAAAAUAUUUAUAGUCAGUUGAAAGGUGUUCUGAUUAAGAACGCUUUGUUAAGCUAUUCUGUAAAAUAAGAAAUUUUUUACUAAUUUAACUAUUCUAGGUGGUGUAACCUAUCAAGUUCCGUUUCCAAUCAGGGCGUCGGAAGCCGAAUUCAAAGCGAUGAAGAUGUUGAGGGAGAUUUGCCGAGAACGCGCAUUCCACGGCGCUACGAGCUUUCCACAGAUAAUGUCGACAGAAUUGUGCGCCGCUUUUGAAAAUGAAGGGUUAACAGUUCAGGCGAAGCAGGAUCUUCAUAAACAAUGCGAAGCCAACAGAGCAUUUGCUCAUUAUAGGUCGAAAUGA